AUGGGGACUCUCACGAGCGUCGCUUUCGCAGCUGCGAUUAACAUCAGAUUCCGGUCGUUUAAUUGGAAUAUCCGGGAUAAGAUUAAGAAACCAAUGCCCAAGGUUAGUACAUCACUGAGAGAGAGAUACUGUUUCUCUUGCACAGAGAACUAUUAUAGAUAUGGGGUAGUUAAGUGUUUAGGCAAUGAUCAAAACGGAAAUAGCGGAGAAGACGAAGACACCAAUUCUUCGGUUGUUAGAGAUUCGACUGUAAAAACGGCAUCUCGUGAAGAAGACAAAGAAGAAGAAGCAGACGAGAGAAGUAACGAGUUCGGUUCCGAUAAGACGUCUUCUGUUUCUUCAAGGGUACAAACUCUUGUCUCUGAUUUUACAUUCUCUUUUGUCUUGAAUUCAAUUCCAUCAACUGAAUCGCCUAUUGAUCCGACAUUCAGCAGCUUCCAAAUAGACUCGUUUAAGCUGAUGGAGCUUCUUGGACCUGAGAGAGUGGAUCCUGCAGAUGUCAAGUUAAUAAAGGACAACAUUUUCGGCUAUUCGACAUUCUGGGUGACCAAAGAAGAGCCGUUUGGGGACCUCGGCGAGGGUAUCCUCUUUCUUGGGAAUCUGAGAGGUAAGAGGGAGGAUGUUUUUGCAAAACUACAGAGAAAACUAGCAGAGGUUGCUGGAGAUAAAUACAACUUGUUCAUGAUUGAGGAGCCUAACUCGGAAGGACCAGAUCCUCGUGGAGGCGCACGGGUUAGCUUUGGUUUGCUUCGUAAAGAAGUCUCGGAGCCAGGACCAACCACACUCUGGCAGUAUGUGAUUGCUUUAAUAUUGUUUCUUCUUACAAUUGGUUCCUCUGUGGAGUUAGGAAUUGCUUCUCAGAUUAACCGUUUGCCUCCUGAGGUGGUAAAGUAUUUCACCGAUCCAAAUGCUGUUGAACCACCUGAUAUGGAGCUUCUAUAUCCAUUUGUAGAGUCUGCAUUGCCUUUAGCUUAUGGUGUCUUGGGAAUACUUUUGUUUCAUGAAUUAGGGCACUUCCUUGCUGCAGUUCCGAAGAAAGUAAAACUUAGCAUUCCUUACUUCAUUCCGAACAUAACACUCGGCAGCUUUGGUGCAAUCACCCAGUUCAAGUCCAUUCUUCCCGACCGGAGUACAAAAGUAGACAUUUCACUAGCUGGUCCAUUCGCUGGAGCUGCACUUUCAGUUUCCAUGUUUGCUGUUGGUCUGUUCCUAUCUACUAACCCGGGUGCAGCUAGCGAUCUGGUGCAGGUUCCUAGCAUGUUAUUCCAAGGUUCAUUACUUCUUGGACUCAUCAGCAGAGCAACUCUGGGAUACGCAGCGAUGCAUGCUGCAACAGUUUCAAUCCACCCUCUUGUUAUUGCUGGAUGGUGUGGUUUGACAACAACGGCUUUUAAUAUGCUUCCUGUUGGAUGUUUGGAUGGAGGAAGAGCUGUACAGGGCGCAUUUGGGAAAAAUGCACUGGUUACAUUUGGUUUGUCGACCUAUGUAAUGCUUGGACUCAGAGUGCUCGGCGGCCCUUUGGCACUUCCUUGGGGGCUCUAUGUGCUAAUCUGCCAGAGAACACCUGAGAAACCGUGCCUGAACGAUGUGACCGAGGUUGGAACAUGGAGGAAGGGCCUUGUGGCGACCGCGAUUAUACUGGUGGUUCUGACACUCCUGCCUGUAUGGGACGAACUCGCAGAAGAGGUAGGCAUAGGGCUUGUAAACACAUUUUGA